AUGUCACUUUUCAAAUUAAAUGAAUGGUAUUCAAAUAUUUUUCCGACAGCUACUUCCAUUGCAACCGGCGAGUUGACAAAAGGAAGAGAUCAACUAUGUGUUGGUACGGAAGAGGGUUUGAUUAUUGUUGUCGAUCCGGGAGGAAACCGGGGACGAGGAGAGGAAUCCGUACUUGUACAACAUCACCUCAAUUUACCCAUUAUACAGCUUGCGAUCGGAGAAUUUGUCUCUGCUAUUGACACGAAGUUACUCGCCGUGCUUUGCCCUCAUCAUCUGCUCCUCUUUCGACUUGUUCAAUCUACAAGUGAUGGUGCGACGACUAAACUUGAAGAAGUUUAUACACAUGCGUUAACUGAAGCUUCAUACAAUAUGUGUGCUGUGCCGGGCCGUAAUCCCCAGUUAUUUGUGCAAGGAGUCUCUUGCAGUCUUACAUUAUUUCAAGGAGAAGAGUGUGUAUUUCAAAGAGCUCCAAUCCCAGCUCUUCAUCCGGGUCCUCUCGUUUAUUGCAAGGCUUCCGAAUCAUUACUCAUCACAAAUGCUGGCCGAAUAAAUUCUGUGAAAUUCAGUCUCUUAGCAAGUGUCAGCAAUACGGGAAAAAAGAUUACGUUCGAUUGGUCAUUGAAUGUGGGCGAUAUGGCGUUAGAUAUGGUGGUGGCUGAAUGGCCUGCAGUACAACCAUCAAUCAUUGUGUUGUGUCGAAGAAUUGUCUUUUGUUUAACAUCCGGUGGAAAUGUUCGCUAUACAAUUCAUUUGGAAGCAAUUGGCCUCUCUUUGCUUGUCUAUAAUACUUUGAAUUCUUCUAAAGUUCACAUGUGCAUUGCAACCUCGAUCAACACAGUUCUGCUCUAUAGUGACAACGAUCUCAUCUGGAAUUUUCAAAUGCGCUUUCCACCAGUGCAAAUGAAACUUGGAAACUUUAGCGAACCAUACCAAAAUCUUCUUUCAUUUCUUUCGAGUGAUGGACGAGUGGUUACUGGCUAUCUUGGAACGGAACCUUCUUUAUAUCGUCUACCAUUACCUCCAACUCGAUUUGUCGAUUUUGAAGAGAAGAAUCGACAUUUGUCUGCUAUGGAAAAAGCUUUAAACUCGAAUUCAUCCACUAAAAAUGAGAAUCAAGCAAGUCUUCAACUACGCGCAGAAUGGGAUUCUCUUGAUCGGCCAUCGAGAGCCUACAAUGUUCCAUCAGAUGUACCCUCACUUACAUUGAGACUUUCUUCAGAAGAUGGUAAUUUUGCAAAUGGUCACUAUCAAGUCAAUGUUCGAUCGUCUUUUCAAAUACAACAAAAUCACUUUGUUUUAACCGCCGAUGAAUUUCCGCUGUCAAUCAUCCUAUUUAUAAAUCCAAUUCAUCCGCCGACUAGUCUCAAUGUUCACAUUACCGUACAUCACACGCGGACUCAAUUAAGUGGAAUCAUUUCACAAGAGCUUCCAUUGGAGCUUCUAUUUCGGGCUUGUGGAGCCGAACGAAAUGCCAACUACAAGAUCACAAUUGAUGCUGAUCGAGCCCCAUUAUCUCUACCGCAAAUCUUUCCAGAAAUGAACUCUGAAAAUCCAGUUUCCCUUGGUCUUCAAGUAUAUGGUAGUGACGCUAUCGUUUCUGUAUUCACAGCAAACAAAUCAAAUCGAUAUCGAAUACAAUCGGAUCACGCGGGAUUGUUGUUGGUGGUUGCAAAGACACUCGCUGAUCGCAUCAGAAAUCUCCAGCCAAAUGUCCAUCUCACCGCUCCAAUUCCUCUAGAAUAUCUGAUACCAAAAUUUGAAGAAUAUUUAGAAUUCGAAGAAAAAUAUGCUGAAGAACGGAAAGAAAUUGAACGAAAGACGAAAGAAAUGAGGGCUAUUAAUGCCUUAAUCGUGACAAAGACCCGAUCAGCAAAACAGGAACCGACCGCGCACAUCGACAUGCUUUUCAACGCUUCACAUGAAAAACUAAUCUCAAUGUUAGAUGCUCAUAUGAUAUCUCAAGAUAAACUACGAUCAUUGAAAGUAUUGAUCUCAUCUCUUCUUGGUCUUCUCGGUUUUCUGCUUGCUCUCAAUGGAGUAGACACUCAGAUUUCUGCUUAUAUUUUUGCUGACACAAAUCAGGGAGUGAAAGAAAGAUUAGCUUGGGCAUCAAAUAGUUAUGAUAAUGAUGUGGGACGAAUGCUGAAUGCACUUUGUCAUAAUACGGCUAAACAAUUAUCAAAUAUAACGGAAGAGGAAGAAGAUGAGGAAGAUUAUAACGAAAAAGAAAACGAAAAGAAUGAAGCAAAGAAAUCAGAAGAGAGUGAAUUUGCAUUGGGGUCUCAUCAAGUGGCAACCUCUGCUCAACCACCCAUUAUUUUCCAUACUCAAGAUGAUGAA